GAUAAAAGAGUAAUAAAAGUAACCAGCCUGAGUCAUCUGGAGGCUGCCACCUUCUACUGCUGACAGGAAUCUCAGUUCCUUUUCUCCUUCUGGCUGAACACAGCCCAGACUCUUGUCCUGCACCACUGGGCCUGUUCCUGGCUUCGGUGAAGUCAUGCUGGUGUAUGUGGCGGCCUUUGUGGGCUUGUUCUACCUCCUGCGCUGGUACCGGGAGAGGCAGGUGGUGAGCCACCUCCAAGACAAAUAUGUCUUCAUCACGGGCUGUGACUCGGGGUUCGGGAACCUGCUGGCCAGACAGCUAGACAUGCGAGGCAUGAGGGUGCUGGCCACUUGUCUUUCAGAAGAAGGGGCCGAGCAGCUGAAGAAACAGACAUCAGCACGGCUGGAGACAGUGAUCCUGGAUGUCACCCAGACAGAGAGCAUUGCUGCAGCCGCCCAGUGGGUGAAGGAGCGCGUGGGAAGCAAAGGAGGGAGCUGUCCUACUUUGGGGUGAAGGUGGCUAUUAUUGAGCCUGGUUUCUUCAAAACCAACGUGACCAGUAGUGAAAGACUCAUGUCAAGUUUUAAGAAGGCGUGGGACCAGAGCAGCUCAGAGGUCAAGGAGAUCUAUGGCGAGAAGUUUCUGGAAACCUGUCUGAAAUCAUUGAAAGUAAUGGAGCAACAGUGCAAUCCAGACCUGUCGGUGGUGACAGACUGCAUGGAGCAUGCGCUGACUGCCUGUCACCCUCGCACCCGGUACUCAGCAGGCUGGGAUGCCAAGCUCCUUUACCUCCCCUUGAGCUACCUGCCCACAUUCCUGGUGGAUGCCUUUGUGUACCUGGGCUCCCCAAAGCCAGCACAAGCCCUGUGAAGCCAACUCUUGGUUGUGUGAUCAGGGGAGAUGGGCAGAGUGUGGGUUGGGACAUAUGAGCAAAGGGAAAUGGGUGGAGGAAAGCAGCUCUUACAUGGGGCACCAUUCCCAUCUUCUUUGUGCCAAGAAUUCUUCUCAGGGAUCACUCAAGACUGGUGAAGUGAGAGGGAAAGAGUCAAGGACCUCUGGUGAGGAAUAGGGACUCAACAUCACUCACUGAUGCCCAGUUGACAGAGCUGAUGGCUCUGAGCAAUAUGGCCAACCAUGAGGAAUUUGCAUGCCUGGGAUGGCUGAAAGUGUGUGGGUGGAUGCAAAGCCCACGCCUCACUUCUUCUUUCCUUCCUCUUGAGUGUAUGCAUUGUCCUUGGAUGCUGUCUAUCUUCCCACAACAUAGAAAUUGUCUGGGACAUGUAGGGUCCCUCUCUUUUGCAAUCCCUGUGUAGGUGGAAUCAGGUGGGAGGGCAGCACCAGUCUGUGUCCUUGGCAUUUAUUGGUUUGUCCUAGAUCUGUCCUCCACAUAGAUCCUGUGAGAGGAUGAACAAAUUGUCAUCGUUUGUGUCUAGAUAUCCUCCCAGUGCUCCAUGAGAUCAUAGGUGCGGCUGCUUCAGAGGUGCCUGAAUCUAGAGUAUGUGAUGCUGAAGUUAAGGGUGUGCAAUUACUAAAUGAGUCCAUUGAUUACUUUGGCAUUGCCUUAUUCCAGGUAGCUUAGACAGAGUGUAAAGGAGUCAGAAAGCAGCUGCUAAGGUCCUUUGUUUUGGUACCUUCUGCCUGUUAUGAAGUGUUUUCCCUCUGCAAUGCCUGUCUUCCAUGUCAUCCUACCUUGGAGAAGCUGUUCAUGGACUGAAAUGAUUUCAAACUGUGAACUAAAUAAACUUUUACUGACUUGA